CCGACGACAACCCCCUUUUUUCCACAACAGUCGACCAUCACAAUCAUGGCUGAUCGAGGCAGCGUUGCCCCUCGCGGUGGAGGUUUCGGUGCCCGAGGUGGCGAUCGCGGUCGUGGCGGCGAUCGGGGUCGUGGCCGUGGUCGUGGACGCGGCCGUGGCCGUGGCAGACCCGACGAGAAGGAGUGGCAGCCCGUCACCAAGCUCGGCCGUCUCGUCAAGGCCGACAAGAUCAGCAGCAUGGAGGAGAUCUAUCUGCACUCUCUCCCCAUCAAGGAGUACCAGAUUGUCGACAAAUUCCUGCCUACCCUCAAGGAUGAGGUCAUGAAGAUCAAGCCCGUCCAGAAGCAGACCCGUGCCGGUCAGCGUACCCGGUUUAAGGCUAUUGUCAUCAUUGGCGACAGCGCCGGCCACGUCGGUCUGGGCAUCAAGACUUCCAAGGAAGUCGCCACUGCCAUCCGCGCCGCCAUCAUCAUCGCUAAGCUGAGCGUCAUCCCCGUCCGUCGUGGUUUCUGGGGUACCAACCUUGGUCAACCCCACUCUCUUCCCUGCAAGCAGUCGGGCAAGUGCGGUUCCGUCACCGUCCGUCUCAUCCCUGCCCCCCGUGGUACUGGCCUCGUUGCCUCCCCCGCCGUCAAGCGUCUCCUCCAGCUCGCCGGUGUCGAGGACGCCUACACCUCCUCGGCCGGUUCGACCAAGACCCUCGAGAACACCCUCAAGGCCACCUUCGCCGCCGUCGCCAACACCUACGGCUUCCUCACCCCCAACCUCUGGAAGGAGACCAAGCUCGUCCGGAGCCCGUUGGACGAGUACGCCGACACCCUCAGGGCAGGCAAGAAGUACUAA